AUGGCGGCUCCCCACCGGGAAGGGAAGGUGGUCCAUCGCCCAGAAGAGGAAGCUGAGGCCAGGGAGUCCACAGAGCGGGCAGGGCAAGGAGGGUCCGCCCCUUCCUGGACCUGCCGGCCACGGCGUCCUGCGCUCUCGCCUUUCCAUUCCCAACAGCCCGAGGGCCACGCCAACCCGCGCUCCUGGGGUGACCGCGGUACCCAAAGCGGGGACGAGGUAGCUCUCAGCGGCGCGCCCUCCUCGAGGCCCCACUCCCGCUCCGUGCCGGUAGCGCGCGAAGGAACGCCAACCAGGUCUUCAGGGAGUAACUGUCAGAAAGCCGAGGCCCGGGUCAGCCCGCACCUCACAGCCCGCCGCGGCGGCGCAAUGGCUGGAGGGGCUGCGGAAGCCGCGGAACAGCGGAGGCCCGGACCCCCAGCGCCCCCCAACCCCUUCGUGCACGAGUUACAUCUCUCACGCCUCCAGAGGGUUAAGUUCUGCCUCCUGGGGGCACUGCUGGCCCCCAUCCGAGUGCUUCUGGCCUUUAUUGUCCUCUUUCUCCUCUGGCCCUUUGCUUGGCUUCAAGUAGCAGGUCUUACUGAGGAGCAGCUUCAAGAGCCAAUCACAGGAUGGAGGAAGACUGUGUGCCACAACGGGGUACUGGGCCUGAGCCGCCUGCUGUUUUUCCUACUGGGCUUCCUCCGGAUUCGGGUUCGAGGCCAGAGGGCCUCUCGCCUCCAAGCCCCUGUCCUUGUGGCUGCCCCCCAUUCCACUUUCUUUGACCCCAUUGUUCUGCUGCCUUGUGACCUGCCUAAGGUUGUGUCCAGAGCUGAAAACCUUUCGGUGCCUGUCAUUGGAGCCCUUCUUCGAUUCAAUCAAGCCAUCCUAGUUUCCCGGCAUGACCCAGCUUCUCGUCGUAGAGUGGUGGAGGAGGUCCGAAGGCGGGCCACCUCAGGAGGCAAGUGGCCCCAGGUGCUAUUCUUUCCCGAAGGCACCUGUUCUAACAAGAAGGCUUUGCUUAAGUUCAAGCCAGGAGCUUUCAUCGCAGGGGUGCCUGUGCAGCCUGUCCUCAUCCGCUACCCCAACAGUCUGGACACUACCAGCUGGGCGUGGAGGGGGCCUGGAGUACUCAAAGUUCUCUGGCUCACAGCCUCUCAGCCCUGCAGCAUUGUGGAUGUGGAGUUCCUCCCUGUGUAUCAGCCCAGCCUUGAGGAGAGCAAGGACCCCACCCUCUACGCCAACAAUGUCCAGAAGGUCAUGGCGCAGGCCUUGGGCAUUCCAGCCACUGAAUGUGAGUUUGUAGGGAGCUUGCCUGUGAUUGUGGUGGGCCGGCUGAAGGUGGCAUUGGAGCCACAGCUCUGGGAACUGGGAAAGGUGCUUCGGAAAGCAGGGCUGUCCCCUGGCUGUGUGGACACUGGGGCAGAGCCAAGCCGGAGUCGAAUGAUUGGCCAGGAGGAGUUUGCCAGACAGCUACAGCUUUCAGACCCUCAGACUGUGGCUGGUGCCUUCAGCUACUUCCAGCAGGAUGCCAAGGGUUUGGUGGACUUCCGAGAUGUGGCACUUGCACUAGCAGCUCUGGAUGGGGGCAGGAACCUGGAGGAGCUGACUCGCCUAGCCUUUGAGCUCUUUGCCGAAGAGCAGGCAGAGGGGCCUGGCCGCCUGCUGUACAGAGACGGUUUCAGCACCAUCCUGCACCUGCUACUGGGUUCACCUCGCCCUGCUGCCUCAACUUUGCAUGCUGAGCUGUGCCAGGAGGCACCCAGCCAGGGCCUCUCCCUCUGUCAGUUCCAGAACUUCUCCCUCCAUGACCCACUCUAUGGGAAGCUCUUCAGCACCUACUUGCGCCCCCCACACACCCCUCGAGGCACCUCCCAAAUACCAAAUGCCAUCUCCCCAGGCAGCCCCACUGCUCUGGCCAAUGGGACCAUGCAAGCACCCAAGCAGAAGGAUGACUGAGUGCCUCAGUCACCCACCCCUUCUUCCUCAGCUCAAAUCCAGCCCCGCAGACUCAGGGCAGCGCAAGGGACCUACCCUAUGCCUCAACCCCAUCUCUGCUCCUGUUUGAUUUUGGUUGUUGUUGUUUUUUUAAGUUGAUUUUAAUUUUUUGUUUGGUUGGGUUUUUUUGUAAGAAACUAUUUUAUAUAUAAAUAUAAAUAUAUAUCUAUUUAAAAAAAAGUGAAGCUCAGUCACAUGGAUGACAUCAUUAGUUGGGAAGGAAAAGGAUGAAUGGUUACAGGAUGCCCAUUGGAAGACCCAGAAGGUUCUAAAGGUCAGUCCUCUUAGCCAUAGCUGGAGGAGUAUUCUCACUCCCAGACAGGGCUCUUUCCUGUACAUAAAUUAUACAAAGAAAUCUCAUACCCUCCCUUUCUGUUAUCACCUCCUAAAUAUGCACAUUUUAAUGUACUAGUUCAUGAACCUCUUUUCAGCCCAUUCCCUCUUGUUCUGUCCUCAUUAAAGAUUAAAAUAGCUUACUACCAUUCCAUAUUUAAUAAUCCUACUGAGACUUGAUUCCAUCACCCAUAGUGGGAGCAGAGAGCUAUGUCAGUAAGGAAGCAGCCUCCCAGUUACAGGGCAGACCAACCACGUGGGUCAGUUUCCCUGCCAGAGGAUGAGCUGAGGACACAUGAGUCCUUUCUGUUCAGCAUCUUUUCAAGGAAGAAAAGAAGGCCCCUAGAAACAAAUAAGGAAAACUAAUUAGAUUUAAGAAAUUAGAUCUCUGCCCUAGAGAUAUUAAUAUAUAAAAAAGCAAAGGAAAGGUAAGUAACAGUAGGAUAUCCAGAAAAGCCCUCUUGAUGCCAAGUCCAGGCUUGUGUAGAUGGAAUGAAUAAAGUGAUCUGAUCAUGUGAAAA